AUGAUGGAGUCGUUCCUGCACAGCAAGGCUGACCAGCGGGAGCACGUAGAGGUGGACGAUUUAAAGAGAGAUCAGUCAUCAGAGUUCAGCUCCUUACCAGACGCACAGCAUUCCUGCAUCGAGGAGAGAGAACACCUUCAGGUCUACCUCCGAAUCCGACCCUUCACCUCGGCGGAGAGCAGCAAUGGAGAGUCACAGGACUGCGUUUCCAUCGAGUCCCCUGACUCGGUUCUGCUGAAGCCUCCCAGUCUGUCCCUCUCAGCGAGGCUUAGCGCCGACAGAUCGCUUCCACAGACUGGGCAGCGCUUCCAGUUCUCUCAGGUGUACGGUCCUGAGACGACGCAGAGGGAGCUGUUUGAAGGCACGGUGAAGGAUCUGGUCAAAGAUGUUCUUGAAGGGAGAAACUCUCUGGUGUUCACGUACGGAGUCACUAACGCUGGGAAGACCUUCACAUUCUUAGGUCCAGAUGCCGACGCCGGUGUCCUGCCCAGGACUCUGAACGUCAUCUUCAACAGUGUCGACGAGCAGGUGUUCCCCGAGAUGAGCAUCAAACCUCACCGCUGCCGAGAGUUCACAAGACUGACCAGGGAGCAGCAGGCCGAGGAAGCGUUGUUCAAGAGAAACCUCUUCAGACAGCUUAAAGAGGGUGACAGGAACAAUGUCAGCCUGCUGAACAUGACCAACAGGACUCUGCUUGAAGGCUCGUCCAUGCUGGGUGCAACAGCAGAGGACAAACUCAGCCUGGAGGUGGAACCACACACCAAGUUCUCCAUUUGGGUUUCUUUCUGUGAAAUCUACAAUGAGAACAUUCACGACCUCCUGGAGGCGGUUCCCAGCGGUGCUCCGAGGAGAACCGUGCUGCGCCUGUCGCAGGACGUCAAGGGCAACGCCUUCGUCAAAGAUCUGCGUUGGGUUCAGGUCAGUAGCGCAGAAGAGGCUUACAGGGUGAUGAAGCUGGGCAAGAAGAACCAGAGCUUCUCCUCCACUCGACUCAAUCAUCUCUCCAGCAGGAGUCACAGCAUUUUCUCCAUUCGAAUUUUAAGAAUUGAGGAUAUCGGGACUCCGAGGGUCCAAACAGUCAGCGAGUUGUGUCUGUGUGACCUGGCUGGAUCUGAGCGCUGCGCCAAAACCCAGAAUAAAGGCGAGCGUCUGAAAGAAGCCGGAAACAUCAACACCUCACUGCUCAUUCUGGGGAAAUGCAUCAACGCACUGCGACACAAUCAGCAGGCCAAGCUGCUUCAGCACGUCCCCUUCAGGGAGAGCAAGCUGACCCACUACCUGCAGGGCUUCUUCUGCGGCCGAGGGAAAGCCUGUAUGAUCGUCAACAUCAACCAGUGCGCCUCCAUGUACGACGAGACGCUCAACGUCCUCAAGUUCUCUGCUGUGGCACAAAAGGUUGUAGUUCUGUCCUCCAAGCCCCUUCCCGUCAUACCACAGAGGUCGGCCGGCGAGGUGUCCUUCAUCAUCAACAAUGCUGAGGGAAAGACUCCUGGGAGCAGCAGGAGGAGCUCCCUGAUCGGCUGGGAGAGCAGCCUGGAGGAUGUACAGGAGGAUGAGGACGAUGAGAGCCUGAUGGAGGACACCAUGGAUCAAACCGACGACGGAAACGACGAUAAAAUUCUCAUCUGUAAGAAGACGCACCAGAGGCAGGCGGCUCUUUUCAAACAGCUGCAGGUUCAGCUGAAGAGGGAGCGAGCGGAGAGUGUGCUGAUGGAGGCUCGAGUCAGAGAGGAGAUCAGCAGAGAGUUCUCAGAGCUUUUCUCUGAGAUGCAGAGCGACUUCGAUGACCGCUUGGCGAGGGAGAGGGAAAUCUUGGAGGAGCGAGCUGAGAGGAGGCUGGAAAUUUUCAAAAAUCUGACUGACAAAAUGGCCAAAGCUGGACUCAGCCAAGAUGCCCAAUCCACGGACAAACUUCUGGACUCCUAUUCGUCUGAAUUGGCAGGCAUGAAGACUUCCACCGAGGCUGCUCAUACGUGUGGAGGUUCAGGCCACGCAGGGGCUCCGGCAGAUAGAAACGACGCUGUGGAGGAGCUGGAGGUGGACGAACAGCAGCCUCACAAGCACAGUGGUGAAGCCAGCCGUGUAGAGGACGAGGAGAAAACCAGGCUCGUCUUGCAGCUCCAGGAGAAGUCGUCGCAGGUUGCCCGGCUGGAGAAACAAGUGGGAGACCUGCAGAAGAUGGCCGAGCUCGGCUCACGUGGUCGCUCGGCGCCGGUGGAAGAGAGGAGCUCACGUGAGAAAGAGCAGCUGCAGGAGGCUUUGACUGCCCUUCAAAAGGAGAAGAAAGCCCGAGAAGACGCCCUCGCUGCUCUGCAGUACCAGACUAUAGGAAAAGAGGAGGCACUGGCGUCCUUGGAGGAGGAGAGGAAAGCAAGGGAGGACGCCAUCGCUGCGCUUAGGGAGCUGAAGCAAAGUAAAGAGGAGUUGGUAGCCUCCCUGGAAGAAGAGAGACAAGACAAACAGGGAGCCAUGGCAGCACUGGAGGCUGAGAAAAGAGCCAAGGAGGACGCCGUGGCAGCGCUGGCAGAAGAGAAGCGAGGCAGAGAGGAAGCAGUUGCUGCUCUUGGUGACGAGACAAGCGGCAAAGAGGAGGUUCGGUCUGCUCUGGAGGCAGAACGGAAGGAGAUUAACCGGCUGGUUGAGGAGAGAGAAGAGAGGCUCCAGGAGAGCGAUGGGCUUCGACGAGAACUCAGAGAGCUGAGCGACAAACUGGACGCCGCAGAGCGACAGGUGACCAUCGAGACAGAGAACGCUGAACAGGCCUCAGUCCAACUGCAAACUGCUCAGGCUCGACUGGAUGAACAGGCCAAGGAGAAUGAGGAGAAGUCGACCCACAUUCACACCUUGACUGAGGAGGUUCAGAGACUGAAACAGGAGCUGCAGACCUCCGCAGGAUCAUCUGGUGCCCAUGAUCAACUCAGAGAGGAAGCAUCAGAGCUACUGAAGAGCCUGGAUGAGCAAAAAGAGAAAAAUGAGAGCAAGCAAAGACGAAUUGUGGAGCUGGAGAAUGAGCUUUCACAGAUAAAGCAACAGCUGGCACAGAAGCAGCUGAUCUCCGACCAGCAGCUGGAGGAGUUGACUGAGAAACUGCAUCAGAAAGAGGCAGCCUCAAAACAGCAAGUUGAAGAGCUCAGAAAGAAGCUUGAGGAACAAGAAGAGACGUCCCAGCAGCCUCUGGAGGAGCUCAGAUCCCAGCACCAAGGCCAGCAGCAGGCUGCCAAAGCAGAAAUAGAGCAGCUGAAAGCAAAGCUGGAGCAGCAAGCCGAGGCCUCAGAGAAGCAGGUGGAGCAGCUCAACGAGAAGCUGCGAGAACAACAAGUGGUGUCACUACAGCAGCUGGAAGAGCUAAAAAACAAACUGAGUGAAGAAAAAACGGCUUCUGACAAACUCUUAGAUGAUCUCAAACAGCAGCUCAGUGAACAGCAGAGAACUGCAGAGCUGCUCAAGACUGAACUAGAGGAAGCUCAGCUUAAAGCUACAACCGGUUCCUCUAGUUCUGAGAAUGAAGAUCUCAAGAGGCUGAACUCUGAUCUCCUGACUGAGGUCGCAGCCCUGAAGGCAAAAGUUUCCAACAUGGAGGAAACAAAGGAGUCCUCCAGCAAAGCCGAAGCUCAGCUCAAAGAACAGGACACGCAGACGGAGGAGAAGCUGUCCGAGCUGCAGAAAGCAUCUGCACAGAAAGAGGCAGAGCUGCAGAAAAAGUUGCUGGAGAAGGAGGCAGAGGUCACGUCCUUGAAGAAGAAUCUGCAGGAGGCUGAGGACCGGCGGGAGGAGGAGGAGUGUCAAGCUGUCCAGGAGGCUCGACGCAGGGAGGUGGAGAGACGCAGGGAGCUGCUGGCUGUGGCCCACGAGGCCAUCGCUCAGAAGGACGGCGAGCUGGAGAAGAGAGCCGAGGAGAUCAGCAGACUGAAGGAAGACGCCAAGCAGGACUCGGAGAAAGUCAAGAGCCUCAGCCUGGACCUUCAGAGGAAAGAGGACGACUCGUCAGACCUCAGAGAGAAACUGGCUGAUUACAAGAAGCAGAUCCAGCAGGUCCAGAAGGAGAUUUCGGCCAUGAGAGACGAGGAAAAAUCUUUGAAGCAGAAGCUGGCAGAUGCAGAAAAAGCUAAGAAGCAGCUUCAGUCCGACCUCACCAACAGAGACAGGACCAUCCAGCAGCUCAGAGUGGAACAAUCAUCCAACACUAAGUCCAAUGAGACUCUUCAGCUCUACCAGAAGGCCUGUAAAGACCUUGAAGCCAAGCAGCGUGUGAUGGAGGACAUGCGUUUGGCUCUGACGGAGCAGGAGGAGACGCAGGAGCAGAUGGAGCAGGUCCUGGAGGAGAAGCUUAACCUCAUCCAGGAGCUGUCCAGCGAGGUGGAGACAUUGAAGGGGACGCUGCUGAAGCAGGACCGUGGAGGCGAAGCGCCCCAUCGGGUGGAGAACCCAUCAGAUGACCUCAGGCUGGCUCAGGAGGAAGCUGCUCGAGCUCAGGACAGCUUGAAGUCGUGUACAGACAAACACCAGGCGGAGCGCAGAAAGUGGCUGGAGGAGAAGCUGUCCCUGAUCGGCCAAGCUAAAGAGGCAGAAGACAAGAGGAACCAGGAGAUGAGGAAGUUUGCCGAAGACAGAGAGCGCUACACCCGACAGCACGGCCAGCUGGAGUCCCAGCUGACUGACAAGGAGCAGACCAUGCAGAAGUGGAGGAAGGAGAGAGACGCUCUGGUGGCAGCUCUGGAGGUCCAGCUGCAGAAGCUGCUGUCGAGCCAAGCAGAGAAAGACAAACUCAUCCAGCAGCUUCGGCAGAAUGACACACAGACGCCACAAGAGGCUGCUGGUGGUGGUGGAGGAGGACCUGGAGGACCUGGAGGACCUGGAGGACCCGGCCUGGUGGAGCUGCAGGCUGCUCUGUCUGAGAGGGAGGCUGAGAUCCUGCGACUGAAGGAAGAGCUUCAGGCCUCGGUGGCCAAACAGCAGGACACCAUCACACAGACUGAAAACAGCGAGAGCUCUGCUACGCUGGCCGGGAAACCUGACGGUGAAACCAUCAACAGGAAGUCAGGAAGGAGGGAUGCCAGAGCGUCGGUCAGCAGCCAGGGCUCCGCUGGCUAUCCGUCGGUGCUGGACUCCUCUGAGAUUUCCACAGAGAACGGCAGAACCAGCCGGUUCCCUCGGCCGGAGCUGGAGAUCUCCUUCAGCCCUCUGCAGCCGAACCGCGUGGCUCUGCGGCGGCAGGGAGAGGAGAGCGCCGUCACCGUCAAACUCACCCGCUCGGCUCGCAAGAGGAAGAGCAGCGAGAUGGAGAAGUCCCACAUUUUCAGGAGGAGUAAACGCCGAACACGUGAGGAAGAAGUGGAGGCACAGAACAGGAGGAACUCGAGAACCAAACUGACGCCAAAGCUGACCCCACACAAGGAGGAGAGCUCUGGUCCGGCGGGUCGCCACGACUCCCAGAGCAGCCUCCGCAGCAGAAAGGAAGGAACGCUGCAGAAGAUCGGAGACUUCCUGCAGAGCUCCCCCACGCUGCUCGGCUCUAAAGCCAAGAAGAUGAUGAGUCUGGUGAGCGGUCGGCCUGAUGCGGACUCAGCAGCUUCCACCUCCUCUCUGGGCCUGAGAGCCAAGAAGAACAAGAGGAAGCUGUACCGGCCUGAGAUCUCCUCACCCAUGGACAUGCCCUCCCACCCAAUCAUCAGCAGAGAGCCGGAGGAGAAGGACAGCGACCACCAGAUCAUUAAGAGGCGCCUUCGCUCCAGGAUGCCCAAAUAAUUCACAACAUGUGGGUUUAGUUUUUGUUUGUUUUAUUGUCUUAAGAAAUGGGAGAGUAUUUGUUUCUAUGUCCAAAAACAUAGAAACAAAUCUCAAUAAUCGCAUUUAAUCUGCAGUUCUUAAUAUUUAAUUAUUCACGGAGCAUUAGAGUAGAGCACAGACUGCUAGCUAGGGAGUAUUUAAAGGAAUAGUUUUGUAUUCUAAUGUUCUGCUGAGAGUUGAUGAGAGAUCAGAGUAGAGCACCAUCAGACCACCGAGCUAACAGCUCCGUCUGCUGCUAUUGCUAAUGCUAAGCUAACCUGGUAGCUUCACUCAGUGUUUCAUUUAACUCUCAACAGAUGAGCAUAUUUACCGAACUUAAAUACUGAUAUCAUUUAAUCAGCUGUUAAUUCCUUUUUCCUUGAGACGCUGUUAUGUCCACAUUUAAGUGACUCCACAACAGGAAGCACUCUGCAUCUGUGCAUACGCUCCCAAACACUUUAUACCUGAAGGAUGCAGAUUGCUUUUUCUACUUUUUAUGUGCAAUUUCUAAAUUGAAGUUAACGAGUCGUGCUGCAGUUCAGUUUUAUUAUUGACAUCUUGGUAGUUAGAACAGUUAGAAGACGUUCAUGUGACGUUUCAGUCUGACAGCAGGCUGGUGGUCCAUGUCCUCCAGGAGCUGCUACGAUUGUUGACUGUCUCACUAAACAAUGUUUGUCCAGAUACCAGAAUGCUCAGUUUUUCUGUAUUUGAUUUGUAUUCGCCCGUAGAGGAUCCACUACACGUUCCAUAAACUGCACUUUAUCUACAAGAACACGUCUGAGAUGUAAACCACUGGUCGUAUGUGUGACUGAAACGCCUUCGGUUCAAGGUUUUAUCUUCAGCACCACUCUAAGAGUUGUUUUCGGUGAUUAUAUCUGUUCUAGAAGAAGGAUGCUGAGUUGUUGUUUUGUACUCACAUUAAAACGUUUGUUCCUGUUCAUGUCUCA